AUGGUGAAUUACGUCAACCCGCUCGCCAUGUACCAAGGCAAGGGCGGGCAAUACGGCACCGGCUGGUACGGUUGGCAGCACCAAAACUUUGAGGACCAACAGUGGUGUGCGUGGAAUGGAGCUCCCGCGGGUGGCGAGUGGGCUCCGGAUCCUCAUCACUUCCCGAAACGUGAGCCCGGGGAGAGGGAAAUAGCAGACUUACCGUCUCCAGCUCGUGGUGAUUUGGCCAGCCCCAGUGAAGGGUCGCCAGGAUCCAGGCCUGCACAGCCACCUGCCCCCCCGCGUUCCCCAUAUGAAUGGAUGAAGAAACCCAACUACCAGACACAACCCAAUCCAGAUGACAUUGUUGCAGGUAAAACACGCACGAAAGACAAAUACCGCGUGGUGUACAGUGACCAUCAAAGGCUUGAACUGGAGAAGGAGUUCCACUAUAGCCGUUAUAUCACAAUAAGGCGCAAAGCUGAACUGGCCGUCAGCUUAGGACUCUCUGAGAGACAGGUAAAAAUCUGGUUCCAAAACCGACGCGCCAAGGAGCGCAAACAGGUAAAAAAACGCGAAGAAGUUGUGAUGAAAGAGAAGGGGGACCACGCGUCGUUGCAGCACGCACAGUUGCACCAUGCAACGAUGUUACACCAUCAGCAGAUGAUGAAUGGUAUGAUGCACCACCACCAUUACCACCAGGGGGUGUUGCAGGGCGUGCCCGAGCCGCUGGUGCCGGGCGUGCCCCCCGUACCGUUGCUGUGA